UAGACAGCGUCUGUACGCCAUCUUGUUAUACAAAUCCGGUUACUGCCUGUGACGAGACACGGAUAUUGACAUUCAGCUACUCAAGGGACAUUUCAUCAUUCGAUUGUAUUUCUACACCUUAUUGCAGAGAUCGCGGUAAUAGGCGGUCCCCUCAUUGUCUUAUGUGUCUGGCUCAUUGAAUAACAACUAAAUAUGGAAAACGAAGCCAAUGGUCUGGAGGUUGAAACAGCUCCUGCCCCAACUCAGCCAUGUGUAACUACAGAAAGUAUGAACGAAAUACACUCUUCUAAACUGAACUCAAUGUCCUCAAAUGAGGUCACAGACAAACUAAUUAAUGGACAAUUGGGACAAGAAAAUGAUGACAGGGUUUUAGAAGGGGCUGCGGAUAAUGGUGAUGCAAUUCCUGUUCGUGGCGCCGACAGCGGUGAUCAGAUGAACGAAGCUGUGAAGAACGAGAAUGGUAUAAAAGAAAAAGAAGAUGGUCCCGAAACUAGUGUCCAGUUAGAGAAGAAUGAAGUAGAUAUAAAGAGAAUAAAUGAGAGUGACCAGUCAACUAUAACUGAGACUACCAUGCAAGACGACAUAAUUGUUAACAACUUGAAAACACACUCGGAUAUCAAACCUACCGAAGCAAGUGCAGCAAUCACAAAGGAAGUCUCAUCUACCAAAAAAACUGCUACAGCUAACACUGUGGGAUCAACACACGAUUCAUCGACAUCCAAAGGAAAGAAAGCAUCACCCACUAAGACAGUUUCAUCUCGAUUAUUUGCCCCAACUGCAAGUUCUCAAAACAAACUCAGAGACAAGAUCGACAAAGAAGGGCAUCCUGAACCAGUUAAAAAAGCAGGUGAACGAACAAGACCUCUCAGUGCCCCACCAAAUACAUUGUCCAGAACAAGUACACCAAGAACCAGACCAACCACUGCACGCACAGCUCCAGUGUCCCCUACAAAGUCAACAACCAAGAAAACAACUGGUACAUGGGGAACUCCACCACCAAGAAAAGCAAUCAGUACAUGGGGAAAACCACCCCCUCCAAAACAAGCACACGAUAAAACACCCCAAACAAAGCCAACGGGUCGCCCAUCAAGUGCACAUAAAACCGAUCCAUCUACUAAAUGGGAAAGGGAAGUGACUAAUGGUAAAUCGAAGGUUGGGUCUACUGUGACCAAAAGUUCUGCUACAACAGUCAAUGGCUCACCGUCUAGAAUUAGUUCUGCAACAACAAAAAGAACUGUAACGACCACACCCACACAGCGAGUUAGUUCCACUCCAACCACAGUCAGAACCAAGACUCUGACAACACAAUCAGAAAUGGGACCAGAUGGAAAAGUGCGUAACACAAAAACCACCAGUUUAACAAAGGGUGGGCCUCCACGAAAGGCAGGCAGCAUAACUGCUACCCGAACUGUCAUAACGAAGGAAAGUCAAGGACCACAAACAGUAACCACAACCCAAAAAGGAGUGAUGUCUCCCAGACACAAAUCCUCGCUUUCAUCCCCAAGGAAAAUGCCUCCUCAAAGUCCAUCACACAAUAAAAGUGAUUUCCACCCAGAGUCAUUGACGCUUUCUCCAAGACAUGCAGUCAAGUCAGAACCAGGAUCUCCCAAACCAUCUAUGUCACCAGGAAGAUAUCCAAUUCAUGAGUAUCAUGAGUUAGGACGCUCUGAUGCAAUUGUCAAUAAAUUGAAUGAGUUUCGAAACAACAAAAUAUUUACUGAUCUUAUUCUUAAAGUUGGUAAAAAUGAUAUAUACUGUCAUCGCAUGAUGAUGGCUGCCUGCAGUGACUACUUCAGAGAGACACUUUCGUGUACUUUCUCCGCGAGUACAGAUAUCAUUGACAUAAGGGGUGUUCAAGGAAGUGUUUUACAGACUAUAGUUGACUAUGCUUAUACAUCCAAGGUUUCUGUUCCAAAACGAGAAGUGAAUUCAAUUCUAGAGGCAGCAAACCUGUUUCAGAUUGAUACACUCAGCGAGGCUUGUAAUGAUUUUGUUACCAAUGGUGAACUAGCACAGAUAAUGAACCAACCAAAACCCACAGUGCCAGAGAUAGUUAAACAGGCAGAAUGUCUUGUUCCUGAAGCAGAAUAUAAAGAUGGUAGUAAAAAGGAAGUAGAUGUACCUGUAGUUGAAAUGUCUAGAAGAUCACCCACCUUCGAUUUCUAUGACCAUCACCACAACAAUAAAAUUCUACACACAUUGCAUGAAUUCCGGCCAACUAGUCAAUUUGCUGAUGUUAUCUUAAAGUCUGGCCAUGAAAUUCUACCAUGUCACAGGGCGUUGCUGUCAGCGUGUAGUGAUUAUUUCUUAUCUAUGUUCACAGAAAAAAAGAGAUCUGAUACUGUGGCCAUUACAGAGAUCAAAGGUGAUGUGCUUAAGAAACUCAUUGAUUACAUUUAUACAUCCAAGAUUGCCUUCACUGAAAGGGAUUUAUACAGGGUCUUUGAAGCGGCAAAGAAGUUGCUAAUCAGUGAUGCAUCUCAAGCCUGCUUCUCUGUAAUGGCUAAAAUACUGAAUUCCUCAACUUGUCUCAAGACCUUAAAAGUAGCUGACACAGCUGGAAACACUGACUUAGCGCAUAAGUCUCGCGAAUAUGCACUUUCGCGUUUUGUGGAAGCAUGCCAGUUUGAGUACUUUCCACACAUUAGCAAAGAGCGAUUGGUCGACCUUGUUUCAUCAGAUGAGCUAUGUGUUCCAAAAGAAGAAUUAGUGUUUGUAGCAAUCAUGAGCUGGGUAGAUCACGAUGCUGAGAAUCGUCAAACACUCUUGCCAGAGCUCUUGCCAUUAAUCAGAUUCAAGCAUAUUUCCGAAUCAUUCAUUUCUGAUGACAUACUUGUUCAUCAAUACAUUAAGAACAAUGCUGAACUAAUGGACCAGAUAGAGAAGUUAAAGAUGGUGGACUCUGGGCAGCGCAAAUAUGGUGGCUCUAUGCUAAAAACUGAUUGA